AAAAGAACAUAUGCGAGGUGAUAAAAGAAGCUACUGCUUCAAGUUCGGUCUCCACGCUUGAGCUCAGUGGUCUUGCAAGUGAUUCAUGUGUCCAAUGUCUGUGGAAGGGCAGUUUCCGUCACCAAACCGCCGCGGGCUUCCCCUGCACGAUGUUUGGAAGUCAGAGGAUGAAUAUGUUGAAUCUCUUCUCUCCUUUGCCACAGGCUCAGAUCUCUUCCGGAAUCUUUGCGGCGGUGUACAUAUUCUGGACUUCCUCACUCGGGAGCCAGACUUGUAUACCUAUGUGUUGCCACAAGAAUGGCGCAAUUGGUUUGAACGGGUAACAAUCGACGAAGUGUUAGAUCUUCUCAUGCGUGCAGACCUCUCAAAAUUUGAGAGCGAUGGCAAUCAAACAGAGUCUACCGAUACCCCUCCACGGUCUUUGUUGGAAUACGUCGAUACGAUCCGCAGACACAGUCUUCAGCGAACCUUUCACCCGGUAUCAGAACACAUCGCUGAUAUGCCACGACAUAUCGCGGUUGGCAUGAAAACCAAGAAGGCCCAUGAAGUCACCAAUUUUGCCGCUUAUGUAGGUAGUCUGUCUGCAGAGGUCUCAGAACGACUCGGAGAACCUGUCUCUGUUGUCGACUUUGGUUCAGGCCAAAACUACCUCGGCAGGACCCUUGCAACGCCUCCUUACAACCAGCAUAUCAUUGCAAUCGAAAAACGCCACCAUAAUAUUGUUGGUGCUAGAGGUAUGGAUGUUCAUGCAAAGCUGGCUAAGAAGGAGAAGGUCAUGCGUAACAAGAAAGACUACAAACGCCAACUUGCCAUGAACAACGGUAUGCCUACUCCACCACCAGAGCAAGCAAAAUUUCAACUUGAUCCGAUACUUGAUGCGAGCCUCGCCGAACCUAACGUCACAUAUAAACUAUCCGGCCCUGGCAAGGGGUCAAUGACCUACAUCGAACACGACGUUCAAGACGGGUAUCUUGAGGACAUCCUCACUUCUACCACACUAGACAUGAAUGCGAAACCCUCUGAUGACACUAAAACCACCGAGAACGACGCUAUAACUGACAAGGUCGAGACUAUCCAUUGCUGCGACCUCGACCGUUCCGUUCAUUCCAAUCGUAAUCUCACUCCCGAUUUCAAACCAAAAGCAAUGGUCGUAUCUCUCCACUCCUGCGGUAACCUCUCUCACCACGGCUUGCGUUCUCUGAUCCUCAACCCUUCAGUCGCCGCCACAGCCAUCAUAGGAUGUUGCUACAAUCUCCUUACUGAACGCCUCGGUCCAGCAACCUACAAACUCCCACGACUCCGGCCCAACCACCCCCGACUCGAGGCCACCGGCAACGCGCACGACCCUCACGGCUUCCCAAUGUCCCGGACACUCGAGACCUUCCCACACGCCGACGGCGGUGGUGUUGGUGUCAAGUUAAACAUCACGGCACGCAUGAUGGCAGUUCAAGCACCGUACAACUGGGGUCCAGACGACUGCGAGGCAUUUUUCCGUCGCCACUUCUACCGCACCCUCCUUCAGAGGAUUCUUCUCGAUGUGGGUGUGGUUAAACAAUGCGAUGACCCUGCGCACGCAGCCGCAGGAGGGAGCAUAACCGGCCGAGACGAAAGCGGUACGCCGCUGAUUGUCGGUUCGCUGCGGAAACAAUGCUUUACAAGUUUCAAGGCGUAUGUUCACGGAGCGCUGGCGAAGCUGACACAGGAUCCGGUCGACGGUGCGAUGAUCGCCGAACGCACAAAGGGCGUGACUGAUGAGAUCAUUGACCAGUAUGAACGCGAUUGGGGUUAUGCGAAGAAACAUCUCGCCAUCAUCUGGAGUCUGAUGGCGUUCAGCGCCGGGGUGGUUGAAAGUAUCAUCGUCACGGAUCGGUGGCUGUACCUCAGAGAGCAGCCUUGUGUGGAAGAUUGCUGGGUUGACAUCGUGUUUGAUUACAAGCACAGUCCAAGAAACUUUGUCGUUGUGGGAAUCAAGAAGCAAGAAGGUGAGGAGGAAUCUUGA